UCUGUGCAGGAAACGUGCUGUUUGGUGAUAAAGGGCUGUGAAGGCUGUUUAAAGCUGCGGUGGAGAAACAGAAACAGAAGCUCCAGAGCAGCUCAGCAGGAGAACCUUCAGCAGAGAAACAAUGCUCCUCUUCCUCGGCCUCUUCCUCCUGGUUCCUCCGUUCCUGGCGGUGACGUCCAGCGGUUGCCGUAGCGACAGGAACACUGACCACAGGCCGCGGGUCAGCUGCGUUAAUCAGAGUCUGACCGCAGUGCCUGCUGGGAUCGACGUGGGGACGGAGGUGUUGGUUCUUUCCCAAAAUGAGUUCACCUCGCUGUCCUGGGCCGCCUACAGCGCCUACGCACAGCUUCACGAGCUGGACCUGAGCCAGAACCACAUCAGGGUCAUCGACCCGUCAGGUCCAGUGCUGGAGAAGCUCAGUGUGCUGCGGUUGUCCAAUAACAAGCUGGAAGGUUUGGGUGGCCGGGUGUUCCGCUUUGCUCCUGCGCUGAUGGAGGUGUAUCUGGACAGAAACGCCCUCCGCACCCUUCAUGAUGCCACCUUCGGUGACCUUCCACUCUUAGAGGUCAUUGACCUCUUUGGGAACCAGCUACCCGCACUGCCCCAUCGCCUGCUGGAGUCUGUCACCUCCACCAGCCUCAAGACCUUUGACCUAGAAGAUAACCGUGUCCAACACUUGCCUGAUGAGUUCUUCUCCUCCAAGCCUGAGCUGCCUUAUGUCUUCCUGUCCAAGAACCGCUGGCUUUGCAGUUGCCAGGUGGGCUACCUGCAGAAAUACCUAGAGGAUCAGGGUCACAAUGUGUAUAAACACACCAAUCACACCAUGGACCUGAAAGCCAGCGUUGAGAAUGACCCAGAGAGUGUGGUGUGUUUUGAGCCACUAUUCAUGAAAGGGAUGGUCAUCGUGGACCUGGAGGAAGAUCAAUACUGCAGUGCAAACGUACCAAUGCCUCCAGUGCAGUCCCAUGAAAUGACCUCUACAUUCAGUCAACCAACAACAGCACCUGAACCCACAACCUCAAAAAUGAUCCCAACAACCACUAAGCCAGGCAUCACAACACAGUCACCCACGGUUACCCCAACAAUGAGCUCCAAGAUCAAUGAGCCAGCUACCACAACGAGUACCCUUUCAACCCCAAAAACAGCCUCAACAAGCAGUACACCUGCAAGUAGCCACUCUCUGCCAGCCUCCACCAUGUCUAGCAUCUGGACCAGAUUUGAAUUCUGGACUGUCCAGCAUUUUUGGACUGAAGUCUGGUCCGAAUGGAUCUCAGAAUCCAGGGCAUUCAACAUCACCAAGAGAAUUGAACUCUAUUCCACAGCCUCUACAAGCCAUGAGAAGAAUUCUACCGCACUUCCUACUUCCACUCUUGAUCCAGGAACCUCAUUGGUCCCAUUGCCCUGGACAUCUCCAGAGCCUGCUACACCUGAACCCCAAUCCACAUCCUCUACCGGCCACCCGAGGACCUCUAGAGCACCCCCUACCUCCGUUCCUGGUCUAGAAACCUUGAUUCCCUUCGACCAUGCCUCAGGUGAAUCCAGAUCAGUGUCCGGCUGCAUGGUGCCAUGGUGCUGGUGGCUGUUUGCUGGCUUUUUGCCGCUUUGCAUUCUCUCAGCGCUCUGCUCCUGCAUGCUCUUCCUCUGGAUCCUCAUCACCUACCUCACCCUGUACCGGCCAAUCCAGAGGAAACUUCGCAAGCAGGGCGGAGGAGUGACCCUGCUGACCUUCCGAAACACUCUGGACAGAGUGGGAGGAGGGGAGCUGGGGAGCGAGACGGUGAAGUUCUUAGCUCCAGAGAAGAUACCGAUAGAGAGCCAGGCCGUGUUCCGCUCAGUUCUGUUCAUCGAGAAAGGAGACGAGGAGGUAGGGGAGGACGGAAGGAGAGAGGGAGCGAGGGACGAGGAUAGAGGAGAUACCGCGACUAGAAUAGAACUGGUGCCAGCAGCAGAGGAGGAAAGGAUGGAGGUGACGAUGCGGAGGGAGAAAGAAGGAGGGAGAGAAGCGACAGACAGGAAGGAGAUGUUCAGGAAGACCCUGUACAGGGAGAUAAGCCGAGAGGAAGAGAUAGAGGGAUGGAAGGAGGUGGAGGAGAGCUGGGGGAUGCCGGAGAGAAGGACGACUGAGAGGAGGAAGACGCGGUACAGCCUGAUCCUGAGGGAGGAGAAUGGCGGUGUGGAGGACAUGGGAGGAGGGCUGGAGUGGUUGGUAGGAGAGUGGGAGAUGGGGGGAGGAGGACAGAUGAAGGAGGGGAGCUGGGGGUCUCUGAUUAGAAAGAUAGAGGGUGGGGCUUCCUUCACCCCGCCCACACCUGUGGCAGGGUCGCAAACCAACACAUCUGAGGGUGGCGGGGCUACUGCGGAUGGAGAAGGGUGUACAUCGGGGGGAGGUGGGGCUACACAAUAAGGAAAGUUGGGCUACAUCUGAAAGAGGUGGGGCAAAACAUGAAGGGGUGGGGCUAUAUCUAAGGGAGGCGGGUUACAGCUGAAGGGGUGGGGCUUCAUAUGUGGAAGGCAGAUGGGGUUUUUACUAAAAAGAGGAGGUACUAUACUUGAUGGAGGCAGAACUACAUUUGAAGGGGUGGGGCUACAUCUGUGGGAGGGAGGUGGGUUUUACCUAAAGGGGCAGGGCUACAUCAUUGUUAGUGAGUGAGUGCAGAAGCAGCUUAUUGGCUGCUGUAAAUAAGAUGAUUUUCCUAUAUCAGGUUAUAUAGAUCAGCUAAUAACAGUGUAAUUAAACCCACAGGCAGAGGCGUGUCUGGGUGGGCGGGGAUCUUUCUCUCUGUUGCUUGUGUAGUUUUUUUGGAGGAGUGUUUUAGCCUCUGUUCAGGUUCUGUAAAGGUUCUCAGAGCUGGUUCCUCCAGCAUGGCGCUCUCAUACUGUAUUUGACUGUCAGUACUCAGUGAAGUAUCUGUGCAGAACAGUACAGCAUCUGUUUCCUGCUCCAGCCCUGAGAGCUGCUCUGGCUCUGGGGGGUAUUUGUGGCUCAUGACUGAUACCAGAAUUCAGGAAAUGAUCCAGA